AUGGCAAGCCAUCCUGGAAAACAAGCUCCUUCAAAUGGGUCUGUCUAUGUAUGCAACUUGCCCUAUGGGACUGACGAAAACAUGUUGGCUGAAUAUUUUGGCACCAUUGGAUUAGUGAAGAAAGAUAAACGUACAGGGAGGCCAAAAAUAUGGUUAUAUCGAGACAAAGAGACUAAUGAACCAAAGGGAGAUGCUACUGUAACGUAUGAAGAUCCACAUGCUGCUGUAGCUGCUGUUGAAUGGUUUAACAACAAAGAUUUUCAUGGCAAUAUAAUUGGAGUUUUUAUAGCAGAGUCAAAAAACAAGGACGACCAAACAUAUAAUUCAGCAGCAGUAGAACCUGUAGUUGCGGGUGACGGUGGUGGAUUAGAGGAAACUACAAAGGAUGUUAAUGGUGGAGGUGGAAGAGGUAGAGGCCAAAAUGAUGCUUCAGGCAAAGCAUGGCAGCAAGAUGGCGAUUGGUUGUGUCCGAAUACAAGUUGCUCCAAUGUGAACUUUGCUUUUCGUGGUGCGUGUAAUCGCUGUGAAACUGCCCGUCCUGCUGGUGCUGCUGGAAUUUCAGGGGCUGGUGGCCGUGGCAAGGGACGUGCUGCUGGACAAGAAUCAGGGGGUGUUGGCCGGCCAGUUGGUGGAGGACUAUUUGGUCCCAAUGAUUGGCCUUGUCCAAUGUGUGGCAAUAUCAACUGGGCAAAGCGGACUAAAUGCAACAUUUGCAAUACGAAUAAGCCUGGGCAUAAUGAGGGUGGUGUGAGAGGAGGACGAGGUGGAGGUUACAAAGAGCUUGAUGAAGAGGAAAUAGAAGAAACUAGACGUCGUAGGAGGGAAGCUGAAGAUGAUGGGGAGUUGUAUGAUGAAUUUGGAAAUCUAAAGAAAAAAUUCCGUGCCAAAACACAGCAAGCUGAAGCUGCACGAGGGCUUCCUGGUUCAGGACGUGCUGGUUGGGAGGUUGAAGAUCUAGGGAUAGACAGGGAUGGUAGAGAAAGUAGAGACAGAGGAAGGGAACGUAAUGAUGGGGAGAGCAGGAACAGAGAACGAAGUGACAAAGAGAGGCAAAGCAGUUGGAAUAGGGACAGGGACAGAGGAAGAGAUCGAGACUGGGACUAUGUUGGUCGAGAUAGAGAUUAUGGGCGAGAUCGGGACAGAAGUAGACACCGUUAUUGA